GGGGACCAUGAAAAGUAUGGAUAUCUUAAUUCGGAUAGGAUGUGGUUUGUAGGAAGCAUCGGCUUUGAUUUAAUAAGUCUAUAUUGGCUCUUCCUUUUGUUUUGCUUUCUUUUGAUUUCUGUUUACCCUCUUUCUCUUUUGCGUCUUUGGAGAUCUGGUGAUUGUUUCGACGUCUUUCCGUAUAUACAUCCAUUCAGUCUCUCGUUCUGUCUGUGUUGUACGCAUUGCACUUGUCUUCCGAGUAGUUUACUCUUAUUCCAUCCCUCCAUUCGUUACAUAGUCUUUUGCCCUUGGCUUUACACAACAUCACGAUGAAGUACUCAAUUAUUCCAUUCGUUCCCCUUUUCGCGGGUUUAUCUCGAGCAGCAAGUAGUGAUGACUGGGCGGGGAGGUCUAUCUAUCAGGUUAUCACAGAUAGAUAUCAUCGAUCCUCAGAUUCGGAUGCUCCUUGUAAUAUCACGAAUUAUUGUGGAGGUACCUGGAAUGGCAUCACGGAGAAUCUGGAUUAUAUCCAGAAUAUGGGGUUCACGGCCAUUCAAAUUAGUCCCGUCAAUUUGAACAUUAACAGUACGACGAUUUACGGACAAGCUUUCCAUGGAUAUUGGCAGACUUCUCUCUACGAUCUCAAUCCGAACUUCGGUUCAGCAGAUGAUUUGUUGAAACUAAGUGCAGAAGUUCACAAGAGAAAAAUGUAUCUCCUAGUUGAUGUCGUUGCUAGUGAGAUGGCCGUUGACAUUGGAGAUCACAACAUGACCGCUGGAACCAAGAUCGAUUAUUCAGCUUUCUCCCCUGCUCCAUUCAACGAUGAAUCAUCAUACAACCCCUACUGCCCAAUUAUCGAUUGGCAAAAUGUCACAGAAUAUCAAGAUUGUUGGUUGGGAUACACCGGAGUCGCAACUCCAGAUAUCAAAACAGACAAUAAAGAAAUCGCAGCCGCAUUAGGCACAUGGAUUAAGGAGCUUGUCUCCAAUUACUCUAUUGAUGGAAUUCGAGUCGAUGGUGCUAAACAGAUUACAUAUGACUUCUUCCAAGAUUUCGUCGAUGCCGCCGGUGUAUAUCCUUUGGGAGAAGUAGAGGAUGGCGAUGCUGCCUUUACUUGCAAUUACCAACAGUACACCGAGGGAUUGGAGAACUAUCCGGUUUAUUACACAACCAUUCAAGCCUUUACCGCUGGAAAAAUGGCUGGUCUGGUCGAUAUGGUCAAGAGUAUGGGAGCUUUGUGCAAAUCUCCACAAUAUCUCGCGAAUUUCAUUGAGAAUCAAGAUCAACCACGUUUUGCAUCUUAUAAUGAUGAUGAGACUCUCGCAGCCAACGCAAUGGCUUUCACAAUCCUGGCAGAUGGUAUCCCCAAGUACUAUUACGGACAAGAACAACAUCUGCAGGGCAACUACUCUCCAUACAACCGUCAAGCUCUCUGGGAAAGUAAGCCAAGCACAACUACUCCUCUCUACACUAUGACAGCUACUCUCAACACCCUCCGUAACCACGCCAUCUCCAUAAACUCAAACUACAUCGCCAACAUGUCCAUUCUGCUCCACAAUGACGAUUCCACAUACGCAACACGUAAAGGACCAAACGGUGUUCAAAUCGUCUCGGUACUUUCUAACCAAGGUUCCAAAGGAGGAAGCUACACUCUAGGCAUCAACAAUGCCGCCGACGCUGGAACAAACAUGACCGAAGUAAUCACAUGCACAUCGUACAUUGCAAGUGAGAACGGAACGCUCUUCAUUGAGAUGGACAAAGGAGAGCCAAGAGUACUGUUCCCUAGCUACCAAAUGAAUGGAACGGGCAUUUGUGGAUUCGAUGAAGAUGCUAGUGCGGGAACAGCAACAAGCACUGGAACGGCGACUGGAAGUGCAGCUAGUGCGACAUCAUCGAAGAAGGGAGAUGCGAGUGGAUUGAGAGUUGCCGGUUGGGUGUUCGCGGGUGCGAUGGGUGCGUCUGCUUUGGCUUUCAUGUAGGGGGUUUUUGAGAUUGGGUUGUAGUUAGGGGGGAGAGGUGGGAAGUUAUUAAAUUUAAUGAUUAGGCAUCUGCUUGAUGUCUCAUGUUUAUGUGUGUAUUCGGUUCCAAUUUGACGUACAGCAUGCAUGCAUGUCUGGUGUUGAAUUAAAUCAUAGAUAUUACGGCAACAUUUCUGGAAAUGAAAGGAGCAAGAAGCUUGAUGGGCUAUGUGGCAAGAAAAAGGCAGAAGAAUUGUGAGUAUAAAAUAUAUCAAACUUUUAUUUACUUAAUAACAACUAAUUAAUUGAUUAA